AUGCCAAAAACCAAGUCUACCAUUACCGGUAAAAAUCAACUAAUUGAAAGAAUUGCUAAAAAAAUUAAACUCACUAAAAACCAAAUUGACCAAGUUGUUACUAAUUUCUUAGCCGAAACCAAAACUGCCCUAGUCAAAGGUGAAGAAGUUCGCUUAUUAGGUUAUUAUACUUUAAAAACUACUAUGACUUCACCAAGAAUAGCGAUGAACCUCCAAACUAAAAAGAAAAUGAAAGUUCCUAGUAAAAGAGUUCCUAAAUGUAAGUUUAGUGAAAGUUUAAAAGGAGAUAUUGCCAAAAAGAA